AUGGGUAAUAACAAUAGUACGAUUAGCAUAGUACUUGAUCGACCACAACCAACUAUUUAUUAUAGUGGAGAUAUCGUAUCAGGUCAAGUUAAAUUUACAAUUUCAGAACGUACAGAUAAAAUUGAUGAUAUUUAUUUAAUAAUUGCUGGUGAUGUUGGUUACACAACAAUACGUACAACUCGCAUGCAAAAUGGACAAACAAAACGAAUAACUAAUCAUCAUGAUGUAAGAUUUUUCGGAGAAAAAGUAGUAAUAGGUCAAAUAAUAUCUACUCAACAAGAAUAUGCUAGUGGAAGAAUAAAUGAUCGAACAACUUUUGAACCAGGUCAAUAUACCCAUCCAUUUUCUAUUCGUUUACCUGAUAAUUUGCCUCCAACAAUACAUCCACUUGAUUAUCCAUUUGUUCGUUAUGAAUUACAGCUUCUUAUUGAAAAAAAAUGGUAUUGUUCAAAUAUUCAUUCUCGUUAUCCACUUCGUAUUUACCCUCGAGUAAAUCUUCUUCAAAUGAGUAAUACUCAAUGUGCAGUUAAAUUUGAUACAAAACGUAAAGAUCUUACAAUUAAAGGUAUUGUACAACGUUCUGGUCUUAUACCUGGUGAACAAACAAUUUUAUCAUUUGAAAUUUAUAACCCAAAUCAUUUAACAAUUAAACAUAUUGAUAUAUGUCUUAUUCAACGUUAUGAAAUUGAACAAUGUCGACGUCGUUUAGAACUUAUUCGUUUUUCUAUUCCUCAAUUAUUGAAUAUUCAUGAUGAACAUAUUAAAACUUCAUGUGCAAUUAAAAUUCCAAUGUAUAUUCCACCAUCAUAUAAUUUCAAGAAAACAAAUAGUCGUUCAAGUGUAUAUGUUAAUGUACAUUAUGAUAUCAAAUUAGAAGUUAAAAUUAAAGGUCUUUUUUCGGAUUUUGAGUUACAAGUUCCAAUAAUAAUUGGUACUGAUUCAGCUGAACAUUCAAGUAAUGAUGAUAUGACAAAAACAUUAACAAUACCAAUGGAUUUAAAUAUGAUUGAUAUGAUUGAAUCAGACGUUCAUGAUGAUGAUAUUGCUUUACUGUCCGAUGAAUCAGUAUAUUCUAAAGAUGCAGCUUCUAACUGA